AUGAAGAAGACCGGAAUUUGCAUGUCCGAGGCCACUGAACAGGUUACUUGCGUGACAGACGAUGACAUCAUCGAUACGCUUAAUUCGUCGGAAAUUGACAUCCUUCCAGAUUCUUGGAAUCCGCGCCUGCGAGAAGUUUCGGUUACGCACGAUGCGGGACAAAUCUAUCUCACAUUUACCUUUCGAAGUUUAGACACGCACACCAUUAACAUGGACGAAGGUCGGAUUUUACACGUUCGAGCUAUCGGUAGAAAGAUAUCCAAGCAAGAAUUAAUGAUAUAUUUCCAAUCACGUAAACAAUCCGGAGGUGGAGAUAUCAGCUCGGUGGACUUGAGGGAAGGCGACGCGGUCAUAACAUUUGAAGAAAGCGAUGUUGCAAAGAGUGUCGUAAGAAGAGCGCCACAUACCUUAAAUGGAACUAAAGUGGAAGUUUCAUAUCGUGCAUUUGAUGAAGAGUUCCAUGCAGAGGACACAUCAGUUAAUCAGACCUGUGUUAUUAUCGUUCGAGGACUUCCUCAAAGUACAACCUUGGAUACUGUUUUGAAUUACUUUGAGAACACAAGGCGUUCGGGAGGUGGCGCCGUAGAGGAAGUGAAAAUCGAAGGCAGUGUAGCACGAGUGAAGUUUGAGUCAUCUGAGGUUGCAAAGAGUGUCGUAAGAAGAGCGCCACAUACCUUAAAUGGAACUAAAGUGGAAGUUUCAUAUCGUGCAUUUGAUGAAGAGUUCCAUGCAGAGGACACAUCAGUUAAUCAGACCUGUGUUAUUAUCGUUCGAGGACUUCCUCAAAGUACAACCUUGGAUACUGUUUUGAAUUACUUUGAGAACACAAGGCGUUCGGGAGGUGGCGCCGUAGAGGAAGUGAAAAUCGAAGGCAGUGUAGCACGAGUGAAGUUUGAGUCAUCUGAGGUGGCACAACAUGUUGUCAAGCAUGAUAAGCAGCAUAUCCUGAAUGGUGCUACUCUUGAUGUCAGUCUAGAAUUACUUGAUGAUGCGGAAAGUACAAGCAAAACUAUCAAGAUAACUGGCGUCGCUGCAAAGACCACAGAAGAUUCAAUUUCCAACUACUUUGAAAACGAGAGGCGUUCUGGGGGUGGAGAGGUAGAGGCUGUGGAUCUCCGACCUGAAGAAAAUGUAGCUUUCGUGACAUUCAAAGAUGUUGAUGCUGUAAAAAGUGUGUUACAACAUGGUCAGCACAUUCUCGAUGGAGCCACACUGAGUCUCAUGCCCAGCAACACAGCAACUGACUCGCUUGACAAAGUAAGAAUACAAGAAUCACGAACAAUAGAAGUUACUGGACUUGCUCCGAAAACAACUGAAGAUGCAAUUUUGAACUUUUUCGAAAACGAACGGCGCACUGGGGGAGGAGAGAUAGAACGUGUCAAUUUUAUUCCAGACCGAGGGGUUGCUUUUAUCACCUUCGCUGCGGCCGAAACUGUAAAAAGUGUCUUGGGACACAGUGAGCAUACUCUUGAUGGAGCCACACUGACUGUCACACCUCGUAGCACAGCCGUUGAACCAUGCAACGAGAAAGAAGCACAAGAGUCACGUACCAUUGAGGUGACUGGACUUGCUGCGACAACAACCAAAGACGCUAUUUCGAAUUUUUUCGAAAACAAACGGCGUUCCGGGGGAGGAGAGAUAGAGAGAGUGGAUUUUAAUUCAGACCAAGCAACGGCUGUCAUUACCUUUACCAAAGCCGAAAGUGCUCGUGGAGUCAUCAAUAAAGGAAGUCUUGUUUACGAUGGAGUGAAUCUCUUGAUUACUCUCAAACAACCCGCACGGAAACUGCCCGUGGACACGAGAAGACUCUUUGUGCAAGGCCUCAGUGAUAAAACUACCUCAGACGCUCUUCAAUCUUACAUGGAAGUAGUAAGUGGAGUGGAUGUCCUGAAUGCUGAGUUUGGAAAUGAAACAUGUGCAAUAGUUACCUUCAAUGAAGACUAUGAUUACAAAGCUGUUGCAAAGAUGAUCUCCAUGAAGCCACUGGAGGGAAAAAUCCCAGUAGUAGAGCAACUUCCAGUUUGUCACUGCGUGCAAGUAUCGGGUUUUAGCAAGGAAACAACUACUGAGGAUACUGUACGCUAUUACUUCGAGAGUCCAAAGAACAACGGUGGUGAAGUAAGCAGUGUGGAGCUCAAUCUAAAGGAAGGAUGGGCGUUGGUUUACUUCGAAGACCCAAAAGCUGUUCUAAAUGUCGUGGCGAGGAGUCACUCCAUUGGCGAUGCACAAUUGGGUGUCAGGCCUUAUUACUCUUUACUUGGAAAACCUCAGCCAGUUAAAGCUGAUGUUGAGCUGGUGCAAAAUAUCGCUGUAGAUGUAGUUAAAAUGCAGUUCAUUUUUGAACACUGCAAAGCUGAUCUGACAGAAGUUCAAAACAGGUAUGGUGUUCAGAUAACCUGGAUAGAAAGCACCGACAGCGUCACGGUCCUACCCAAAGAUGAGGCCUCAAGAGAUAAGUGCAGCUUCGAUGAGGCAUGUGAGGCUAUUGCUUCUUUCCUUGCUGAGUUUGUUAAAAGCUCUACGCGUGUUCCUCCGCAGGCUUGGGAUUAUGUAGUCGAAAACUUCAAGAAAAGUAAAAGUUCAGCGAAAGAAAAGCUAAGAAUUGAUCAUAUCCCUGAGCAGCACGUCAUCCUUUUCGUUGGGAAGAAGCAAGAUGUCGAGGAUGUUGCCGAAGAAUUGGAAGGGGUGAUGGAGGAGAUUGACAAAAGGCUGAGGAGAGAGGCAUCGAAAUUAGAAAGUACACUGUCUAUUCCAUAUAUGCACUUGCAGUUCUUAAAAAAUCUCGAAUUCGCCAAGGAACUGGAAAGUCGACAUGAAGAAAUUGAAGUCACCAUUCUACUUCAAAAGGGAAAGGUUCAAAUUCGAAGUCCUCCUGAAAUCAUCCAUAAGGUGAGUGCAGCUAUUUGGGAGGCAGUUGCCAAAAUGACAAAAUUGAAGCUAAACCUACCACAGAAUGCCGUCUCCUUGCUUAGAAGUACGCCCUGUCAGGCAUUCAUAAGAGAUAUGUUCACGGCCAACAAUUUACAAGCCAUGAUAGCCUUUGACGAGAAAAACGGAGAUUUAUCGGUAAUGGGGACGGAAAUUGAUGUCGCAGAGAAAGCUCACGAUUUAGUGAAAACUUUGAUAGUUGAGGAAUGCGUUGACCUGGAUGAAGAUCAAGUUCAGUUAGAGAAAAAUGGAAAGUGGCAUCAGCUGAAAAAAGAAAUAACAGAAAAACGCAUUUUAACACUGUCAUUUGAUAGAGGCAAUAAGAAGAUUUACCUCGUGGGCGUAAAGGAGGAUGUUUCGGUUGCUGUUAAGGCUGUCAAGCGUUUCCUCACAGAAAAUACCAUUAUCUUUAGCCUUGUGACACUUCCAAAAGGUUGUCACCGAUUUCUUGUGAAGUACCGCGAACAGGAACUUCAGCAAAUACAAGAGGAACUGAAAGAAUAUUCCACGCAAAUAAAGGGUUUGGCAGAUGAAGAUGAAGAUCAUUUGGUUGUCUCAGGUACUAGCUGUGGAGUUAACAAUGCUAAGGAACUGAUUCAAGAUCUGGCAUCUAAAGUUCAAAGUCAAAAGAUGCCUGUCAGCAAACCUGGGAUGAGUAAAGUGCUUGAUCGAAGCAAAGGAAAAAAAUUACUGAGCAUGUUAGAGAAUGAAAAUAAGUGCGUAAUUGAAUACUUUAAACCAAGCAGAGAUGACGCAAAGGAAGUGACAAAAGAAAAGAAAGCCGAAAAGAAGAAGGAGAGUUUGUGCGACCUUCUUACCCCGGACGGAAAAAGGAUUCUGGUGUUCAAAGAUAACAUCUGCGAUCGCAACGUGGAUGUGAUUGUUAAUGCUGCUAACUCAAAGCUUCAUCACGUGGGUGGUGUCUCAAAAGCCAUUUAUGAAAGAGCGGGAGAGGCCUUCAAGGCAGAGUGUGAUCGAUUUGUCAUUGAUACAGGACCAAUAUUGGACGGCCAAGUGGCUGUCACGUCUGCAGGAAAACUACCUUUUCAAAAAGUAAUUCAUGCUGUGGGGCCACAAUGGGGGAAAAAAGCAGCACAGGAAAAAUUGAUGGGGAAAACUCCAAGAGAGGAGAAGAUUUUAAGCUAUGCGGUGGAGAAUGCCCUAGACGCUGCGAAAGGCUAUAACUCAGUAGCCAUUCCUGCCAUUGGCACAGGCGUCUUUGAAUUUCCACGUGAACUGUGCGCCCAAAUUAUGGUAGAAUCUGUGCUGGCUUUUUUUCGAGAAAACCCGAGUUGUCUCCUGUCCGAGGUUCAGUUUACCAGUAUCGACGAUGGUGUCGUAAAGGCCAUAGCAAAUGAGAUGGAUUCUAAACUUCUUAACGAUCCCAAUUAUAAAUCGUCUACAGGCCCUAAAAGGAAAGAAAAAGAGAAAGAAAGAGCCACAUCAAUCCUAGAUAUUUCCUCAGCAACAGUUUCUUCCAAUACCGCUCCAAAUGUUAUGAAGACCGCUGAAGGUCUAGAAUUGGUUCUUGUCAUUGGUGAUAUGACAAGUGAAAAAGUUGAUGUUAUCGUCAACUCAACCUCGACGGAUCUGGAUCUAAGUAAGAACGCAAGUGCAAGGGCCCUGAGUGCCGCUGCUGGUCCCAAGCUACAACAAGAAUGUAAAUUGAUUGGCAAGGUAGAUACCGGGGAGAUUGUGGUUACAAGCGGGGCAAAUCUUGCGUGCAAGCACGUUUUCCAUACUUCAUCCGCCGGAUGGGAGAACGGAGCGGGCGAGAAGGUACUCCGGAGUAUCAUAAAGAAAUGUCUCGAAGAAGCUCAAAAGAGGAGUCUCUUAACAAUUUCCAUCCCCGCAAUUGGGACUGGGAACCUCAACUUUCCCCGUGAUUGCGUGGCUGCAGCUUCCUUUGAUGAAGUAUUAUCCUUCAGUAAGAAAAAUCCAAGCAGCACUUUGAAAGAAGUCCAUUUGGUCGUGUAUGAUAAAGAUUUGAAAUCGGUGCAAGCCUUCCAGACCGAACUGAAAAAAAGAGGUGGUGUAGGCUCAACUCCACCGCAGCCACCAGUGGGAACAGCAGAUCCGAAAGAUGGAAAGAAGAAACGUCGAGGUUGGAGCAGUGGUGGCGCCAAACGAUCUAAUGUAGAUACCCUUGAUGAUGUUGACGAUGCCUUGGGGGAAGAGCCUGUAAUAUUAAACCCCUCCCAACCCGAAAUAAUUAUUGGCAAUGUUGUUGUUCAAGCUGAGACUGGUAACAUCACAAAAGAAGUAACUGAUGCAAUCGCUACCUUAUCGAACAGCGAGCUCGAUGUUGCAAUGGGGGGUGGUGUAGGAAAGGCUAUCCUAGCUGCUGGAGGAUCAACUAUUCAAGCAGAAUGCUCAGCUAUGGGGUCCCAGAAGCCAGGCUCUGUGGUGGUUUCUAGCGCCGGAAAGCUUCAAGUGAGAAAAAUUUACCACAUGGUUCUAGAUUACGGCAUGAGCAUGCGUUCUAUAAGUGACUGCAUUUUGACGUGUUUGCGAAAAGCUGAUUCGGCUGGAUUGACCUCGAUUUCAUUUCCAGCUGUUGGAACAGGUAAUAUCAAUAAAGAUGCCAAAGAGGCUGCAGAGGGAAUGAUGGCUGCUAUUUUCAAGUUUGCGCGAGAGGAACCUGUAUCCAUUGCUCUAAUUCGCAUUGUAAUCUAUCAGCCCCACAUGUUAACUGUGUUCCAAACUGCAAUGGAAGAGAGCUUAUCUUCUGCGAAAGGUGGGACGGGUUUUCUCUCAAAGCUUGCUGGGUGGUUCGGAUUCGGACGAAGUGGCUCAGCAUCUUCACAUUCAAUGCCAUCGAUGCGCAUGUUUCACGGAAAAGGAAAGCCUUUCAGCUACAUAGAAAUUUUCGCAAGCAUUAAGCAAGACAUCGACGCGGUCAUCAAGAAAAUAGAAAAGGAUGUGGCUGAUCACUGCAAGCUGAAAGUAAUUGAGCGUGAAGCAAUUUGUAACCUUUCAAAGGAGCAAACACAACAAAUAAAGAGAUUGGAAGCUGAAUACGACGUCCAUGUUAAUAUCGAGCAGACCAUUGGUCGCAUAUCUGUAAGAGGUGAUGCAGAAGACGUUCUUGAGGUGGCCACUACAAUUUACGAAGUACUCAACCAGAAGAUCGAGGAAGAUCACACGAGAGGUGUUGGUGAGCUCCUUUCCAAAAAUGUACAGUGGUUCUCCUAUGACAGCGAUGAUGAUGAAACCCCAGAGCCCUAUGAGCCCAGCAUUAAUUUGCAGAUUGAAGAAGCCUUUGGCGAGGGAAAAGAUUCCGUUAUUGUAGCAAUCGAUGAUGCAAAAUGCAAAAUUGUUUUCAAGGACAUGAAGGAAACCUGCCUCGACGACGGAGAAGUGAGAGUCGUCGUUCGAAAAGAGAUUGGGAAAGGUGUUCCAUUACCCUUAGAGUGGGAUGUGCACCCAAAGGAUGGCUCUGGAAAAGAGAAAGAGGUACACCUAGUGCUCUUAGACCCUAACGCGAGCGAGUACAAAAAGGUGGUAGAAGAAGUGCGUAAGACGUCUACUGUUAACAUUAUCAAGAUCGAAAGGGUACAAAACCCUGUCCUGUACCGGCAAUACAUGGUCAGACGGGACCAGAUGGAACAUAAAAAAGGUAGCAAUGAAAAACUACUCUUCCAUGGAACAGCGGGAAGCAGCUGCCCCACCAUCAGCAAAUUCGGAUUUAACAGAAGCUACUGUGGCAAAAAUGCCACUGUGUAUGGAAAUGGUGUUUACUUUGCUCGAGAUGCAUCCUAUUCAGCAAGCACAACCUAUUCACCACCUGAUGCGACAGGAAACCGUUACAUGUAUCUUGCACGUGUCCUCGCCGGUGAAUACACGAAAGGACGGCAGGGAAUGAUAACUCCGCCUCCCAAGGGAAGUGACGCUACAGAUGCUUAUGAUGCUGUUGUGGAUAACCCCACAAAUCCAACCAUAUUCGUUGUGUUCUACGAUAACCAGUGUUAUCCAGAUUAUCUUAUAACUUUCAAAUGAGUAAGAAAAAGUCGUUAGGAAACUUUGAAUAACCAGUAUUGUUCCUUUUCUUUAGGGGGAGAAAGUUUUUUUUUUCUUGAAUUUGAGAGUGCUUCUAUGAGAGAAUCAGGCAGAAGGAUUAUCAAGGUCAAAUUACCGAUGUAGUUCCAAUCUAGCAAAAAUAGUUGAUAUUACGAACUAGAAGUAAUGUUGGGUGCUGAUCAAUAUUGUUAUGGUUUUUAGGAAAGAUGUAAAUACAUAUGGGGCGACAAAAGAUGUAAGUCUUGUUGAGUACUCCUGGUAAUCUAACCCUAAUUAACGCUGACCUUACUACCCAUUCCGUGAUGGCGAGCCUAUUUUUCAUUAUUUAAAGUGCGUUUUAGUCUGACCUUUUAGUGCCGCCCAAUAUAUGAUUAUAAUUUUGUCAUUUCUUGUAUCUGCUCCAUGAUCCCCCGAGUAAACGUGAUAACAUAAGGGGUAUCUUACAAUAAACAGUGGUUCAAAGCAAAUCGUCAAUUUGUAAUUAGGCACUUUCGCAUGCAGUUGUCAGUGAACACUCAUGCCA